AUGGGUGGAGAUACUCAUUCCAAUAAACCUCGUAGAACUACGGUGAAGUCUGGCUGCCGCACCUGCAAGAUCCGGAAGAAAAAAUGCGAUGAAGGCCGACCAGCAUGUUACCGAUGUGUCUCUACGGGUCGAGUGUGUGAUGGCUAUGGAAUAUGGGGUGGUGGGGGAAACUUUUAUGGUCAGCGCGAAUCUUUUGUAGUUUCGAGAGACAGAAGCGUUAAUCUUCAGCCACCGGCAUAUGCCUCCAUCCUCGCGACCAGCACAGAAGAGAAACGAUAUUUUGAGUGGUUCAAGCAUCGGACUGCCAAAAAAUUGCCAGGCGCCUUCGUAUUGGCCUUCUGGGAUACACUACUUUUCCAGGCGAGCCAAAACGAACCAGCAGUCUUACAUGCUAUCCUUACUUUGAGUUCUGUUCAAAAACGGGGCAUUAUCGGCGCCAAUGACCAAGGUCAAAACGACGGCACCCCGGACGAACAGGAGCAAUUCAUGCUGCAACACUACAUCAAGGCGAUUCGCCAUCUUGAGCCCCAUUUUUUGACCAAGGAUAGAGCAUCUGUACGUGUAGCUCUCAUCACCUGCGUGGUCUUCAUUUGUCUAGAGUUUCUUCGGGGCCAUUUCAGAACUGCCGAGACUCACCUCCAAAACGGACUAAGGGUCCUCAGAGAGCUACAAACUACUUCCACAUUGGACGACGGGAUCCUCUUCUUAGAGCCUUUUCGCGAUUCGAUCGACGAUUGGAUUGUUGAAGCAUUUUCCAGAUUACACGUCCAGGUCGAGCUCUUCAAGUACAGUUAUAAACAUCCGUGUUCAAUACUGCACACUUCAGGGUCUGAGCCAUCGACAUCCAAAUUUCUCUCCAGGAACGGAGCUUGGCAACAAUUAGAACGGCUACUUAACAAAAUAUUUCAUCUGACCGAACGAGGCCGCCAACGGCGAGUUUCUAAUAACCCAACGAUAGAGCGCCCCUCUGCCCUACUCGAACAUCAGCAACAGAUUCAAGCGGAGCUUGUGCGGUGGCUCGCUAAAUACGAGGCGUCCAAAGAUGAUCUGGAGAGCCAAGAGCGUCCGGGAUUUGUUGGCCGGAUACUACUCGAAUACCACACCAUGGCAAGCAUGAUGACAGAUGCUUGUCUCUGCUUAGAUGACGAGUCCAUUUUUGACUCCUACACGGAACAAUUCGUCUCUCUUAUAAACCAAUCGGCAUAUAUGUGGGAGUGUAGGUUGCCUGAUUUUCCCGCACAGCAGCCCCUCCCUAGGAGCGCCUUUCACAUGUCCAGAAGCAUUGUCGAUAUUGGCUGGAUUCCGCCCCUUUACUAUACGGCUCUCAAAUGCCGCGUCCACCGAAUUAGACUUCAAGCUAUCAGAUUGCUCGAAUCCGCUUCCCAUAGAGAAGGGAUCUGGGAUUCGAAAAUAGCUGCGCGUGUUGCGCGAAAGGUGAUGGAAAUUGAGGAAAGAGACUUUUACAAGGAUGUCGAAUUGAAGGAUGUAUUCCCCCUCUCCAGCUCUCCUGAAUAUCAAGACCUGUCACUUCCAACACCGCCACAGUCAUACAGAAUACAGGAGGUGAAGGUGGUUCUGUCUGACGGCCCAAUGGACAGUGUUAUGUUAUCCUAUGUGCAGAAAGAGAUAAACGAAGAUUGGAAGGAUAUCCAAGUAUCCAUCUGAAGCUAGAGAAUUUCUGAUCGCCGGAGAAGCACUAAAAUGGAUUACAGGAUGCUGGUAUCUGCUACGACACAUCACCA